UUUCCCUAUGGCUGGACCAUUCCAAAGCCAGCUGUUCAUAACUAAGAUCAAAUAAUAUUUAGCGACGAUAGCUGUCUAGAGACCACAUCUAUUUGAAUUCGAUUAAUUUCUGCGGACUUGUGGAGAAGUAAAUCGGUCUACAGAGAUAUAUGUAACUUUGUACUUCUGACAGAUGGAACAGUUGACUGUAAGUAGCCUAGCAUACUACAGCAAAGGUAGACAUGAAUGAGCAAUGUCCCUGUAGCCUACUGUUAGGGUGGUUUUAUUUUUGUUGCGGCUCUUAUUCCACUCAAUGCGACUGAUGCACUCUUCCUGUGUUCUAAACAGUGGCAUCCUAUGUUAUAGAUGUGUAGGACUCGUAAAAAUGGAAUAGCGUUAAUAUGCUGCAACAUAUUUAGUGGUCAAACGUUUAACCUAUUUUCUGUCAGAAUCGCGGGACUGCGCGUUGACAGAUGACGGGUGCGCGCUUCAACAUAGGAAAAUGUGACACACCGUCCAUGCAGGAGGUCCAAGCACCACCAUGCCUCAGCCAGGUAGCAGUGGGAUGGAGCCUUUCUUCGGUGAGGCGUAUGGGACCCAUGGGUUAUCUGUGACUUCAGAGACAUUCACCAUCUCUCCUACAGGGGGCAGCAUAGAGUCAGAUCAGUGUGUGGUGGUGAUGUUGGGGCCCCCAUCCCUGUCCCUUUGUCGAGGCCAGCAGCGUGGAUGUGAGCUACUCAGUGAUCUCUUAGAAGACUCGACCACUGAUGACACACACACCUCCGAGCGUCGCUGGGACGUCUCGGCCCUGGAUGACAUUACACGCUAUACCAAAGGCAGCCCAGAGAGGACGCCACCGAGCUGCGAGCGCUCUUCCGUUUUACCUGAGGGAAGCAGAGAAGAACCAUGGUUAUCCCAGAGACCAGGGGGCAGGCAGCUGAGGAACCCUACAGACCUCACACCCUGUGUGGGGUUAAUGACUGGACACCUCCCCUUGGCUGGGAGAGAUCCAGGGCCCUGGAACCAAGAGGCUGGAGGGCGGGAGAGUGAAGCUAGGAAAGGGCUGCAUCAGGUGGUUCAGGAGGAGAGGGUAUCACUUCCUGUGGAUCUGGAGGUCCACAGUGAAGAACAUAACUACUCUCUACAGAGUGAGCUAGACACUGAGUCUAGUCAAGGAACAGACUGUGAUAUUGGAGAGGAGGAGAAAGAGGAAGAAGAUGAGAAAGAGGAGGGGAGAGAAGCCAUGGAGGAAGUGAAGGAAAAGGAGGAGCUUCAGCACCACGUGAGACCAAAGAAACGCUGGUGUUACUGGGAAUGUAGCCUCUACAGUGAGGCAGACCUGGGGAGAGAUGGAGAGAGAGAUAGCAGGAGAGCCAAAGGGAGAGAUGAGGGAAAGGAUGAAGAGAAAGAUGGAGGGGACAUAAUCUGGGGCCCUAGCACCCUACCCAGCACCAUGUGCCUGAUAGAGGGGACCUCCACCAAUGGUAAGCAAGGCCAGAGGAAAGCCCGUCGUACAGACGCCAGUGACCUGACCCCUAGCCCUGUGAAGCUACAGAGCCUGGGGGAGCAGCUCCACACACUCAGCUCUGCUCUGGAGGGCAUGACUCCUGUCAGUGACCUGCCUGUUACUGCCAGGGCACCAACACGAAAGGAGAGGAACAAACUGGCCUCCAGAGCGUGUCGACUGAAAAAGAAAGCCCAGCAUGAGGCCAACAAAAUCAAACUGUGGGGGCUGAACCAAGAGUAUGAUGGCCUGCUGGGGGCAGUGCUGCAGAUAAAGGAGCUGAUCCGCCAGAGAGUGGAGAGCAGAGAGGAAGACACAGAGCGAGGCGCUCUGAGAGAGAGACUGGAGGACAUUCUGAAGGAAUCAGCUGGGCCACGUGUAGCAGGUCAAGGCAAAGUGUUUGUGGAGAGGAUCUUGAAGAACCAUGCCGGGGGACAGAGCACCAGAGAGACUCAGGGAGAAGGAGGGUCAUCGAACCCUAGCCUCUAACCUCUUCUCCCCACCAGAGUCACUACCCUGCCUGCUUCUCGCUUCACUUCGCACUUUCUGACAUGGAGAGAAGGUAGGACAGAUAGACGGACACACACACAAACUCUUAGGUAGAUAGGAUCUGGGUGAACUGUCUUGUUAGGCUUGCACUGUGUCUUGGUCUCUAGCUGCUACAGUAUAGUUGAUGAUUGUCUCAGAACGGUAACAUAUGGUUUGUGUAUAAGGGAGUGUGCAUGAUUCCAGUGUAUUUAUUGAAUUAUGUACUGUAGUAUACCCCAUUGUGCCUAAAGGAAGACACUGUGUGCUGCUAGCUAGUUGUAGUUAUACACUCUGUAUUGUCGGAGAACAGGGAGAGGAGUGACAGUGAAUAUGGUGCUUAUAACAGUGGACAUGAGUAAGCUGUUUAGCUUGACAUCCAUUUAGAAUUCUACUGUAAACCAAAAGGGCAUGGAUAAACAGACAGACGAGGGACGACUUUGGCAUCAUGUGAAUGUUGCACAAUGGUUCUCAAAGAUGCUGCUUGCAUGGUCGUUUUAUAUGUCUCUGCUAUCCUUUAAGGUAAAUGCUAUUUUUUGGCUAUCUCUACAGAUCCUCUUUAAAACUGAUAUCAUAAUGUACUGUACUGCUCUACAGAUGAACCUGUGUAGAAAGGAUAAUAAUAACCUUGAACCAGGAAUGAGCAACUCCGGUCCUCAGGAAGGCAAUGUGUUUACUGGUUUGUUUUUUCCUGCAAAUCAGUGACUAACUUCUUCCUGGGAAACCUGGGCCCAUGUUCACAAAGAGUCUCAGAGUAGGAGUUGAUUUAAAGGCUAUCUUUUUCCUUUUAGAUCAUAAUGAAUAGGAUUCCAUGGACAGGGGGGACCUGAUCCUAAAUCUGCUCUCCUACUCUGAGACACUUUUUGAACAUGGACCCGGGCGUGUGUUCUCUCAGCAAUGAAUAAUAUUAAUUGAUCAAUUAAGUGCCACAGGAAGAUAAGACGACCAGCGGACACUGCUGCACCCCUGAGUACCAGAGUUGUCCAUCCCUGUCCUAAACCCACAGUACUGUAACUGUUAGAUUCAUAGAUUUUGAUCUCUCUAUCUAGGUCUAUGGUACUUUGUGUAGCCUGUGCCUUUGAAUGCUCUUUGAGAGUAAAUACUAACAUGCACACCACCACAUCUCUCUUUGUGCUACUAAUAUUUCUAUACAACAUUGAAAACACAACUUCAUCAGUGGUAAAAUAAAUAAAUUAUAACCUCCCCUACAAACCUGAACGUUUACUAUUCUAUCUUUUGCAAAAUGGAAAUGAGUACAUCUUUCCUGCUGUGAUUUCUGAGAGGUAAAGUAUAGUGUACCCAUUGGAUGUGUAGUCUCUAUAAUCCCAGGGCCCAUUUUCAUAAAGCGUAAUCUUAAUUAAUAAGAUUAGGACAGGGAGGACCUGAUCCUAGACCAGCACUCCUACUCUGAGAUACUUUAUGGAUAUGGACCUAGAGCUUUCCUGAACUCAUAGUCCUGUCAUUGCACUUAAUGUACUUGAACGUAGGAGCACAGUAGUCUAUUUACUUGAACGAAGGAGCACAGUGAGAAAUACAAGGUCCUGCUAUAGCUUUAUUAACACUACAGUAGUCAUGAACUGCCCUGCCACAGAUCUUGGCAAUAAUCCUCAAUUGGAUGGACGCUUGACCAUAUCCUCAAUUAAUCUCAAACAAUAAUUCCAAAUAAUAAUGAAUCAUUUUAUAACUGCCCACAAAAGUAUUAUGUCUUAACAUGCAUGCAUAAACAGACAUGAAAAGAAGUGACAUAUAUGUUAACAUGUCACAGCACAGGAACCAUAUAAAGGAUCAUAACAGAAUAUUGAGAAUUUUGCACAUUUAUUGAUUUUCAAAGAAGUACUGUAUAUUGUGAUCAAGGGAAAAUAUUGAUCAGGAAUGGAUUUGUCUGGGAAAAUGACCAUGUAUGGAGUCAUAGGCUCUAACAGACCCGAGGCAGUCGUUUCAGAAAGCUGUGUAUUGUCCAGUUAUCUGCUAGGAUAGUUAAUCCCAGUCCUAUUCAAGCUUUAGCCUAUUCAUCUGAGCUUGCAGUAGUUCGUAUGUAAUAAGCCAUUUUGUUAUAUGUUAUAACCCCUUUAUGAACCAUUUAUUAGCUCUGACUGUGCAUGAAAAAGAAACAAACUAAAGAUAGUGCUAUACAAAUAGAACACAUUAUUGUUUUGUUCAGUCUGUGUAAAUGCAUAUUUUACUAUGUUGAAGCUGCUGCUACAGUAUGUCAAUAAAAAUCUAUAUUCUUAAAAUA